AUGUCAUCAAGGGAGGAAAUUAUUUCCCACGCCAUCCCAAUCUCUUCUUCCGAAAGUUCUUCAGCAUCAUCUUUUAUUUAUCCAAGAGUGAUCGAAUGGCAAAAUCUAACCUCGGACCGAAAGUACAAGAGCGGAAGUAAUAUUGAAUUUACUGUAGAAUUGGAUUUUAUUAAUGAACAGCAGCAACAAGAUGGAACAACUCGAUCUGAUGAUGAAUUUGAUCAAUUGGCGAGUAGCUUUCCAGAAGAUGAAAUUGUAAUUUCUGUAACAUUGGAAAGACUUUCCGGUGAUGAAGAAUAUGGUGGAAAUAACAUAAUUGCAGAAAAACGAUAUUCAUCAUACUUUCAACAAGUUGAUGUUAGUGAAUUGGAAAUUGAUGGAGUGACUAGGAGUGUAGCAUCAAAGGAAAUACCAAUAAUGAUUACUAUUCCAGAUAAAAUUAAGGAUUUACUUGCUGAUGACUGUAAUGUUGCAGUUUGUUGUCAAGUUGUGAUUGGAGAGAAUAAGAAAUUUGUUAACGGCUUUCCUAUGAAUAUUAAUUGUGGAGUAAAGAGAAAACCAAUGCUUGGAUUUGACACGCUGUAUUGUACGAGUGAGACUUCGAAAGAUUCAUCCUUUGCAUAUCCUUUGGAUGUGACUCUGUAUCACGAAAGGAAUAUCUUCUAUGUCACAGACACGUACAAUAGAAGAAUUGCAGUGUUUGAAUUGGGCACUAGGCAAUUUAAAUUUCAUAUUAGUUUAUCAUCUUAUCCUAGAUGUCUGGUUGUGAGUGAGGUUGAUGAUAGUAUUAUUUUCACUUGUGACGACAAUUAUGUUUACAAGUAUUCAUAUGAUGGAUCUAAAUUGAUUUGGAAAAGUUAUCCAAAUCUAAAUUGGGCAAGAGGUCUGGUUAUUGAUACAACCAAUGAAGAUAUUUAUAUAUGUGAUUUUGAUAACCAUAGAAUUGUAGUCCUUUCAAAGAAUGGUGAUUUUCUUAGAGAUUUUGGAUCAAAAGGAAGUGGAGACACCCAGUUCGAUGGACCAAAGGAUAUUGAUUUUGAUCUUGAUGGAAAUUUGGUAGUUUCCGACCGUGAAAAUCACAGAAUUCUUGUCUUGUCCAAGUUGAAUGGCUCUCUGAUAAGAAAAAUUGAAAAUGGUCAUGGAAAUCAACCAGGACAAUUCGCUUGUCAAGAAGGAUUUUGUAUCGAUAGAACGAAUGGCAAUAUUAUCGUUUGUGAUUCGAUGAAUGAUAGAAUUCAGAUUUUUAAUUCAAAACUUCAAUUUAUUACUUCAUUUGGAGAGGCAGGUAUUGAAAAGAGCGAGUUAACCAAACCAACUGGUUGCGCCCUUGAUGAAAAACGACAGGAAUUAUUAGUAGUUGAAUGGAAUAACCAAAGAUUGCAAGUAUUUAGAUAUCCUCUUCUUUCCAAAAAUGUAAAACUUAUUAAGACUAAAUUGCUUAGAUCCUUACAUAAUGGAACUUUAUCAGAUGUUCAAAUCAAUACUACAGAAAUGGAUUAA